AUGACCUCGGCAGGGCUUAGGGCUGUUGCGCCUGACCGGGCAUGUGCGGCAGCAGCCCCCCUCCCGGCUCUCCCCCUCCACUCCUCCAGCCGCUGGAUCCUCGACGCCAACAACAACCGCGUCAAGCUCCGCUGCGUCAACUGGGCCGGCCACAUGGAAACCAACAUCCCCGAGGGGCUCCAGCACCAGCCUCUCGACCACAUCCUCGACUGGAUCGCCGCCCAGGGAUUCAACUGUGUCCGUCUGACCUACUCCAUCGACCACGCCCUCAACCCGGACCAGCCCGUGGCCGCUUCGUUCGAGGCCGCUGCGACGGCGGCCGGGAUCCAGCCCGCUGAUAUGUCCGCGCUGUAUGCGAGGGUCGUGGAGAAGAACCCUUGGAUCGCGGGGAAUUCUUCCUCCCUAGCGACUAGAGAUGCCGCAGAGAACGGGACGACGACGACAACAACAACAACAACAACAACAACAACAACAACAACAACCCGCGACGUCUUCGCCGCAGUAAUCGACGGUCUCUACACCCGCAACAUCAUGACCCUACUCGACAACCACGUCUCCCGUGCCUCCUGGUGCUGCGACCUGACCGACGGCAACGGCUGGUGGGACACCGCCUUCGGCUACAACGAAUUCAACAGCCGCUUCUUCCACACCCAAGACUGGCUGGACGGGCUGCGCGCCAUGGCCACCUGGGCAUACACGCAAAACCACCCCGGGGUAGUGGCCAUGUCGCUGCGGAACGAACUGCGCGAGUUUUUACUGCAGGAUCUGAACGGCCGCGCGGAUUGGUAUACGUACGUGCAGCAGGCGGGGGGGAUCGUGCAUGCGGCGCAUCCGGAUGUGUUGGUGGUUGUGGGCGGGGUGCAGAGUUCGACGGAUUUGUUGCAUGUGCGUACUGCUACGGGGGGGAAGAUGCUGGAUACAAGCGGGUGGUCGGGGAAGCAUGUGUGGGAGAUGCAUGCGUAUAGUUUUACGGUGACGUUUCCGGAUGUGUUUCAGAGUUGUGAUGUGGUGAAGGCGCAGUAUGGGGCUAUGGACGGGUUUGUGUUGACGCAGGGGGAGGAGUAUACGGGGCCGUUGAUUUUGAGUGAGUUUGGGGUGGGGAUGGAGGGGGGGGAUCCGGCGAGGGAUGGGUUGAGUGAGAAGGAUGAUCGGUAUUUGAGUUGUAUUGUGUCGUAUAUGGAGAGUAAUGAUGCCGAGUGGGCGGUGUGGGCUGUUCAGGGGAGUUAUUAUGUUCGGGAUGGCAAGACGGAUUAUGAUGAGAGUUGGGGGUUGCUUAAGAGUGACUGGUCUGACUGGCGGAAUCCGGCUUUUGCUGGGAGGUUGGGGGCUAUGUGGAACAUCACGCAGCAGCCGUGA